UAACUGAAUUGUACGUUUUGUCGAGAGAAGUAUCGAUCAUGCAACAAGAACGUCACCGCCGAGGGUUGUGAGAGCCAAUAGCCCAGGUCACCAGAAUGGAGGUGUUCGGGAUAGAGAUGGAGUGCAGGUAGAUAGAGCAUCUUCUGGCACCAAGCGAGACUUUGAUGAUGUGAUAAUCACUAUUACAGUGAGAAUGGAAGUGAGAAUUGAGCAGCUCUCUAAAAAGAUCUUCGUAGGUGAAUGGGAAGUGCGACGCGUAUGCUUUAACUGUAAUGCUAAAGGACAUGUCAAGGCUGAUUGUACCAAACCUGCAGCCCCAGAGACCAAAAAGUGACUAGUGGAGGUCCUCUUCAGGAGAUGGAUAAGUAUCGACAGGCGCUUGGUCAUCGAUUCCGGCGCACGGAUGAGGCUUAUCGCUGGGCGGACGCGAAGAGUUCGGUAUGGGGCAGAUGGGAAGGCUUUUGUGAUAAAGCGCAGAAAGAUACAGACUUGCUGUUUGCGUCGGCUCCGUUUCACCAGAUUCAGUUGCUAGCGGACCAUGAAGCGAUUAUCUUGGAUGAAUUUCCCGUUGAGCAACCGCGGCGAUUGUUUCAGUCGCAAGUGAUUGUUUGCUUGCGGUUUUCGAGGGACACGACGUUUUGCAAUCACAUGUUACGCAGGUGGGGUAUGCUUCCAUUGACGUUAGAAGGUGUUGUGGUUGCCCGGCGGUAGUUGUUUGGGCAUGCAGCGUAGUUAAGUAUGGCAGCAUGAGUAGUAACGUGUAGGCUGGAAUUCAC